UUGUUUGGUGAAUUUAGUUCAAGCCUCAUUUCCAUCUUGGGCAGAAAUUGUUUCAAGAACAAGAUUUUGUCUGGGGGAAAACGCUCACAUAUUUCAACAUCUCAAAUUAUAAGGACCGACGAUGUUUGUUACCUUCAAAACAAAUUUCCUCAGUCGAGUCUUCAAACCAAACCGAUUCUUCAACUUCUUUUGUGGCUACUACCGAAAAUGAAAUUUCAGAAACUGCUAGCAAUGAAUUAACAAAAUAUGACUUUCCGGAAAGAAUAACCAAUGUUACAGAUAUUUUAAAGGAAAAUAAUACAACUGGUACAACAGAUCUAUCGGAUAGUAACAAUAACCAAACACGUCAAACAUGGCUUCCAAGUGAGUUUAAAACAGGAUCAGAAGAUGAGUCUGAAGACACAUCACUGGACGAGUCAACUCAGAACUCGUUACUUGACAGUAUGUCGUACUUUAUAGACAGCAACAAUGAAGUCAGACAAUUGGUCAAAAGAUUUGUCUCAAACGAUUCUACCAGUGAUUCUCUAUCCAUCUCUUCAAUAUCACUUGACGGAAUGAACCACACAUUCCAGCAAGAUGAGUUUUCCAAUUCCUCAAGCGAAAGUGGAAAAGAAUCUGAGUUACAAAUUGAUAAUACUAAAGUUAGCGAAAGUUCUGAAAGUGCGUCCAAAUCUGGUGAAGUUUACGAUGCAAAUGAAACAGGUUUAGAACAAAUGGUGGAAAAUACUACUGCGGCAAAACAAAGGUAUGUUUCUACAAAGACACAAAUAGUAGAGUCAGAAGGAGAUUGGCAUUCUUCUGACAUGAAACCUGACUCUCGACAAAAUGUGUUCAAGAUUGUUACAGUUCCGCCUCCACAAUGGUUUCAAACGGGUGCUGAAGUGGUUAAGCUCAAUCUCUCAUCUGAAAUCAGUGAAUAAUAAUGAAUGGUGUUCAUUAACAAAAUUAAGUAACUGUCUAGUUCAUCAACUCAUUUAACAAAAAUUCUCGGGCCUGUUUCUUCCUUUCUUGGUUGUCUAAACUAUGAUCUAGUAUUUUUGAUACUAUACAUACUGUACCAGACAUAAAGAAUGUUCUAAUUCUGCUAGAGGCAGCCUUAAGUGUAAUAAAUAAAGUGACUAACGUGAACAUUGUUAACAAUAAAAAUGAAAAUGUAGAUCUCUGAGAAACCGUGCUCAACCGAAGAACAUUGGAGGUUCCCUUAAUUGUAUGGUUCCUGAACUGGGCCACAAAAAUCCACUGUUAAUAGUGUAAAUAGUACCUAUUUGAACUACAAAGUUUAGUUUAAGUUUUCUUCCUUCCUUCUAUAAAAUGUUUAUAAGAAGAGGAUGUGAUUACAGUAAAUAUCCAGGAUUCUAUCUCUGGCUGCGCCUUUGUAAUGCAGAAUAAGAUGGUGAAGUGUUAAAAACAACAGUGAACAAAAAAAAGUGAUAUGAUAUUCUCUUGCUAUGUAAACACUAUGUGCCUUCUAGAUAAAAG